AUCAUUUUAAAUUUUUCGGACGUUUGCAAAAAUGGCGCGUUUAAAAUAAUCUCCAAAUUUCAAUUUAAUUUUAUGUUUAUAUUUCCUAAUUUUCUCCUAAAUAAAUACUUUUUCGUUUCUUAAUUUAUUGCUUAUAAUUCGGGCAAAAUGUCUGAACAUCGUGAACCCAUUAGCGUUCGCACAACUCGGCUAAAUAACUUAAUUCUUGGGAAUUGGAAGGCAUCAACAAAAACCAGUCGCGCCGUUGCCGAUGCUAUUUCUCGCGAAGGACUCUUGGAUGCAUUUUGUUUGCUGUACAAUGAAUGUGACAAAGAUGCUUUACGGAAAAGGGAUAAAAACAUCUCGGAAUUCGUUGCAAAAUAUCGACCCAUUGUUGAAGAAACAAAUGCCCUUCGGGUUAGUGCCAGUGAUUUUACUGUGAAGACCCUCAUUGGAAAGGGUUAUUUUGGAAAUGUCCAUUUGGCUGUUGAGAAAACAUCCGGCGAUGUGUAUGCGAUGAAGAAAAUCAAGAAAUCCGUCGUUACCACGUCGCAAGUGAAGGAAGAACGUGACAUUAUGUCUCGCAGGAGCUCCGAAUGGAUCACUAAUCUUCAAUAUGCCUUUCAGGACAAUGAAUAUCUGUAUUUGGUGAUGGAAUAUCUACCUGGUGGGGAUUUGCUAAGUUUGAUGAGUCGCAAUGGGCCCUUCGACGAAGACUUGGCUCGAUUCUAUUUGGCAGAACUGACUCUGGCUAUCCAUGCCCUGCAUUGCAUGGGAUAUGUUCAUCGUGACAUAAAACCCGAGAAUAUCCUCAUCGAUCGAUUCGGUCACAUUAAGUUGGCGGAUUUUGGAAAUGCUGCUGCCUUGAAUCGAGAUGGACAUGUCUUUAGUUCGACACCAGUUGGAACGCCGGAUUAUAUUGCCCCUGAGUUGCUUGAGACUAUUUCAACUUGCAGACUAACCAAGUCUUUGCAUAGCGUAAGUUGUGAUUUCUGGUCAAUGGGAAUAAUUGGUUAUGAGCUAAUUUGCGAAGUAACACCCUUCCACGAAGACAACGUCCACGAAACUUACUCGAAAAUCCUAACCCACUGCGAAGAGAGCCCAACCAAAGAAAUCAUAUCUUUUCCGAGCGACUUAAAACUAAGCACGAAUUUCAAAAAUCUCAUCCUCUCACUUGUUACCAAUCCAACAAAUCGCAUAGACUACACCGAGAUCAGGAAGCAUCCGUAUUUCGAGACUAUCAAAUGGGAUUCGCUGCGCCAUCAAGUUCCGCCUCACAUCCCAAAUGUCAAUGGAGACGAUGAUACGUCGAAUUUUGAUGACAUCGAGCGGUACAAAGAUCGUCGUAGUACCUAUUCGAAAAAACCAAUAACAACUAAUGUCAAGGCCAAUGAGUUCUCUGGCAAAGACCUUCCGUUCUUGGGUUAUAGUUUUAUUCAUAUGGAGAGGCACGAUGAGAUCGACAAUCCCUCGAAGAGUUCUAGCAGCGAUGAUGCUCGGCUGACAAAGCUCAAUCUGAAAUUGAAGGAACUCCAGGGGAAAAUUAAAGAUCAAAUGGAAGAGAUAAACUCACUGAAGCAAGGUCUCCUCAAAGCCGAACAAAUUGCCAAGCAUUCUGAUUCCCAGGGAAAGAUUCUCUCAGAAGCUAAAGACGAAAUCACAAAGAUGAAAAAUCGCCUCAAGGAGAAGACCAUGGAGUUGGCGUCGUGUAAGACACAAAUUAAGACCCUUCAGAGUUCGGUGAAGAUCGAGGAGGAAAUGUGGCAGAAGAAGGAAGCCACAAUAACCGAGCUCCUCCGAUUGAACCGUCAGAAAUAUGAAGAAGCUAAAAUAUCCUCCGAACAGCGAUACGAAAAACAGAUCGCCGAAAAGAAGAACGAAUUGGUGAGUGUUCUGCAGAAGUUAGAGGCCCGUGAUAGCGAGCUGCUUGCCAAAAUCGAGGAGUGUCAACAUUUGAACGAGAAAAUGGAGAAAUUCAAGAAAAUGCUCGACACAAUGAAGGAGCAAGCUCAAGCGGACCAAGAAGACUUCGCCAAGACUAAACAAAAACUGACAGAAAACUAUGAACAGAAAUUGUCCGAGCUGCGAGCUACGCUCCGCCAAGAAAAGGACAACAAAUCUCGGCUUACAAUGGAAUUGCGUGAUGUAAGGAGUGAGCUAGACGAAAGUAUUUGCUCGUCGCGAAGUAACCAAGAAGUGAAGAUAGCCACAGAUAAAAACAAUGACGAAAUGAAGCGUCGGUUGAAUCGUGAAAUCGAGGUAAACAACAAUCUCCGCUCGGAGAAUGCUCGUCUGCAGAAGUUGAGUGCUGAGAAGGAAAAAUCUGUGGAAGAUCUUAAGCAAUCGCUGGAGAAACUGGAGCGUGAAUUGCAGGUUUCCGAAUGCAGCAGGAAUUUAUCCAGGGCUCAGGCUGACGAUGGAAGCAAAGCCUCCUCGCCGUAUGAGACUGCACAUGGAAGUCUCACGGAGUUGCAUGCUAUCGAAGAGCAGCUGCGCUCUGACUUGCAGGCCGCCAAAGAGAGUGAAGAUAACCAACGGGAGCGGGCGGAUAAACUACAAGAAGUUGUGGAUAGACUCGAAGAAAUGGUUGCAAAGUUCAGCGAGCAACCCAAAAGCGUCGGGGACAUGUUGGAAAAACAGAACGAAAAGCUCGAGGACAAAUUGGCCGCCGCCAGAGAGCAGAUGAUUAUGGAGCGCCAAUCGGCGAGGACGGCAAAUUUGAAUUUGUGGAAGGUGGAAAAGCAGCUGGAAGAUGUUAUACAUGAAAAGAAAAUGACUCAGCGAAGAAUGGAGCUCACCGAGGAGAAGAUGAAGAAGAUCGUCGGGGAGAAGGAUAACAUCGGCAGAAGGUUAAGUGACGCCCUGCAGGAGGUGAAGCAAAAAGAAACUCGAAUCAGUGAGCUAAAGGAUGAAAUCGGCAGUUUGAAACGAGAGAUCCAGAAGGAGCACAAGAUGUGGGAAAAGGCCGAACAGGAAAGGAUGAAAGAGAAAUCUGAGGUCGUGGAGCAAAUAUCGAAUGUUCAUCGUUUGGAAGAACGUGUAUCGGAGCUUCGCCAAAAACUGACACAAACCCAACAGAAACACGACUCCCUCAGCUUGGAGAAUAAGAAACUCAUUCGUGAAGUCAACGAGGAACGAGAGAAAUCAUCAAACGCCAUCGAUUCGGCCUCCGAAACCCAAAUCAAGCUUAAGAAUCUUGAAGCCAACUACGAGCGUUUGAAGUAUGCCUGCACCAUAACCGACAACCAAUUGACCGAAGUCGAAGCGAUGUUGGAAGCCGAACAAAAGCGCAACCAAUCGAAUCGGGAAAAGAUUGAUAGCCUCUACAAGAGUGUUCGCGAAAAGGACGAGACCAUAAGCCAACUCAAGAAAACCAUCAACGAAGAGCUCUCGAAUAAGAUGGGUGCUGAAGGUCGCAUCAAACAUUUGCUUGGUGAAUCCGACGACUUGAAAUUGAACCUGGAACAGGUCCAUAAGAAACUUAUUGCCCAACAGAAUCAACUGAUCGAUCAGACAAAUCAACUCUUUGCAACUCAGGAGAAAUACGAAAUUUUGUCAACUGAUUCGAAUAAUCUGCAGACAUUGAAUGAAAACUAUGACAAGGAGAUCCAAAUUUUGAAGGAGGAAAAUUCCCGAAUUCUCACUGAGCUCUUCAGAUCCAAAGAGGACUGCAAUCGGAUUCAAAAUGAACUAAAGGAGGCCCACAAUGAGGUCUGCGACCUGCGACAAGAAAUUGAAGAGCUAAAUGGAACAUUGGCUGAAAGGCAGAACUACUACGUGCAGCGAGAUAUCAAGAGUGAAGCAACUCUGGGACAACACAAGAAACUGAUUGACUAUCUGCAGUUGAAAGUUGAGGAUCUAUUGCAAAAGAAGAAGAAAACUCUGGCUGAUAAGAUCUUUGGAACCAGCACCACCUCCGGCAGGAAGGAGAACAUCUCACCAAACACAGUUGAGAAUUCGAUUCUAUACAGAACUCUUCAAGAAGAACUAAAGCGAGAGAAGCAGAAGUCGAAAUCCCUUCAAGAACAAAUCGAUAAAAUUACUAACGGUGGCGGAGGAGAAGGCAGGGAAGGUGAUGUACCAUCGAAUACCAGGUCUCCACUUAAGGAAACGAAUGGAAAGUCAGAAAAGGCAUCAUCGUCUGUUAAGCGAGUGAGCACUGGCAAACGCAGAACCUACCAAACUCAUCGAUUCGAGUUGAGUCUUCAGGAGGCGGACAGCAAGUCCGGUCAUUGCAUUGCCUGCAAAGAACCUAUCAUGCCCGGAUCGCCGUACUGGAGAUGCCGCGAAUGCAAGGGAGCCACUCAUCGAAAAUGCCGCAGUGACGUAAGCACCUCAUGCGAUGGAGUCGAGGCAGCUACUCUUGUAGCAGAAAAGGACGGAGACAGUGAAAAAAUUGCGAACGCCGAUUCCAUCUCUCUGGCCAGCAAGUUCUCCUACGAGCCAACUGCUCCCGAGCCUAGCGAAUCUAAUUUUUCCACAGGCUACGGAGGAACCAUCAUUCUCAGUUCAAGCUUCCACACUCCGGCGUUGGAAGUGAAUUGUGCCUUCGAGAUGGCCGACAAUGUUCUGCUCCUUGGAUGUAGCAGUGGACUAUUCACAUACCACCUGGACGCAAAGAAUCUGGUCCACAUACUCGGGAUCGACAGUGUCAACUGCAUUGCUAUCACAACGAGCCUGGCCAAGGCAAUUCUUGUCGGUUCAGGAGGCGAAUACCUUUACCAGUGCGAUCUGCGACACUUGCAGAGCCGAUCCCAGUCCAAUGCAUGCAUGAAACCAGUGCUGGAGUCGUCGGUUCUCGAUCUGCCCUUCGCCAAUCGAGCGGCGAAUGAAAAAUGGCAAUUGGUAAAGAUAUCUGGCGAGGCGGAAAAUCCUGUGGAAACGGUUGCCGUUGCUGCAACCUCCACACGUAUAGUGAUCCUCAAGUACGACCUUAAGAUUCAGAAGUUCAAACCAGUUCGAGCUCUGGACACAGCCACUUCGGUGUCUUCGAUUCUGUUCACGCGACACACUGCCAUAGUGAGUUCGGAUAAGUUCUUCGAAAUAGACUUCGGCACCUACACAGCUGAGGAGUUUGUAGAUCUCUCCGACCAAACCCUGAGUCACACACGCUCCUGCCAGCCGGUAGUGGCCAUCCGUGUCAGUCAACAGGAGUUCCUUCUGUGCUUCAUGGAAUGUGGUGUUUUCGUCGAUGAGUACGGCUGCAGAUCUCGUCCGUAUGACGUGAAUUGGGAAUACACUCCCACCGGAUUCAUGUAUCGGGCUCCGUUUUUGUACAUUUCCCACUUCCAGACCGUUCAGAUCCUACGUUUACAUCGAUCCUACACCAACGAGGUUGCCGAUCGCGAACACGAGGUCACAGACGAGGAAUCUGGACCACCCUUCCAGCGAACCUAUCUUACGCUCUACAUGCCCACUCUUGUGGCCGAGAGUGAAAAAUAUAACGCGUAUGUUGUUGCAAUAGACAAACAAUCGGGUCACCAGGAAGUACAUCAUUUGGAUGCACUCAAAGCCUUCAAGUCGAAUUUGAAUGUUUCUAUGGAGACGAUAUCGUCGUUAGCUACUUGUGUUACUCUUGGAUCAAUGGCCACAACUGUGGAUUCGUUUUGAUAGAAACGUUUAUUCCUUUUUUUGUUUUUAAUUGAUAUUCUCUUUGUACUUAGAUUACUCUUUUUUGCGGUAUUAUUUAUAUUUCUUGUACUCACUUUCACAGAUUUUUUAUUCUUAUUUGUGUUGUUAUUGUAAGCUUUAGAAUUAAUUUGUACUUUUAUUUAUCGAUGGAAGGAGUUUAAUUGAUUCCUUUGACUCAUUACAUGUAAUUUUGUACUUUGUUUUAUGAAUGUGAACUCUAAAAAAUAUAUUUUACAUAGAAUUCUUUGUAUUGUACGUGUAUACGAAGUGCCAGUUAUUUUUUGUAAUUCUUUUAUGUUUAUUAAUUAAUUAUUAUUAAUGAAUUAAAUAAAGAGAAUAUU